UUUAUUUAAAUCAGAAUCCAGUACCUCUCUGCCCAUAGCCAACGAAUAGUAGACUAAAAAUGAAACCCUUACGCCAAAGAAUCUAUUUUUGGACUUAUAGUAGGUGCAGGGGCUGUAUCCUGGCACUGGUGGCAGCGCAGGCUCAAUGUAGGCGUAUGGUGUAUACAUAAAUAGGCGAUAUAAGUCGCUGGCAUCACAGUAGAUAAGGAGAAUCACAGCGCACACCAUGAUGGUUGGCUGUGCUGCUUUGAUCCUAUCUCUCUCCAUAGGAACUUCUACGGUGCGUGUUACUUCUUCGAAGUUGAUGCAGUUUGACCCCAUUAACAGCGAACCUACUGUGGCGCCAUUGGGCUGUCAUCGUCGGGUAUAUAAGUAUAAAGUAACGCAGUCCGAUAUUCUGGGACAUAAGUGCUGGGACUAUGUGAGCGUAUGGUCGUGCUGGGGACGGUGCGACACCAGCGAGAUCUCCGAUUGGAAGUUCCCUUAUAAACGUUCGUUCCAUCCCGUCUGCGUCCACGCAAAGCGGCAGCCAGUGAUAGUAAUCCUGAAAAACUGUCACCCUAAAGCGGAAAAGAGCGUUAGCAACUACCAGUAUACGGAGGCAGUGAACUGCCACUGCCAGACGUGCUCCGCACAAGAUACUAGUUGUAAGGCUCCGAUUAAUAACAUGAUGACUAGGGGCAGCAAGGCAAUCAUGAUAGGAGCCGAUACUGAAAACUUGGACUCUUAAGGCGUUCUUAAUAAAAUAGUGUAGCUCAAAGGGGUGGCUUUAUAUGCAAUAAAACAAAUUUUAUGCAAACAACUUUA